GCUGUGACAUACCUAGCGUCAAUCAGGUACACUGCUGACAUGACACAUGGGUUUUAGCUGCUGUUCGCUUUCUAUUACUGUUACAUAUCAGCCAACAGUCCUUUCUUCGCUCGUAUUAUGUAGCCUGUGCGCUUUUCAGUACCGACAGUUAGCGCUUUCUGUCAGGAUCCAGCUGCCAUAACCCAUAACACACACAAGGGGCGAUACACAAUCCCUUAGAAGAAGAGAGAUGACAGUCCACGAACUCCCAGUCGCUACUUUCCUCCAAAUGCGCUGUCUUAGCAUCACAUGACCGUAUCAUGUGACCUCGUGACCACCCCCGCCUCCUGGGAGUCCAUACACACCACUAUCCGUUACCUUACACCUAGCAGUGAGAACUAAACAUGAUCGCCAUAGCAACAAGCCUUCCAAUAGCAUAAGCUUGUCAGUGGGCGUGGCUCUCACCCUCCAGCUCCGCCCCGUGGGGCCGCUGGCGCUGAGAGACACGCGCACUAUGCUUAUAAUUCCAAAAUGGGGAAGGCAUACAGCUGACAGGCCACGCCCAUUCUGUUAGGCCCGCCCCUCUCCCGGUUGGAUGGACGGUGAGUGUGUAGUGUCAGUCAGUGCGGGACAAAGGCGCCGCAGUCAUGUCGUCUUCUUCAUCCUCUGAGCAGAACGAGGAGGGCGAAUACGAGAGUCAGCCCAAGAGGCUGAAGAGCAACCAGGAGGACGGGGAGCUGGACUAUACCUCAGAGGAGCAGGACGAGUCCUAUACCACCACCACCACAGAGGGCGCUGCUCGGGACUCAGCCAGCCAUGGGGAUGGAGGUGGAAACCAUCACAAAGUAUCAGUCUCUCCAGUAGUUCAUGUCCGAGGGCUCUGUGAGUCUGUGGUGGAAGCUGACCUGGUGGAGGCGCUUUCUAAAUUUGGCACAAUAUGCUAUGUGAUGAUGAUGCCUUUCAAGCGGCAAGCUCUGGUUGAAUUUGAGGACACAGAAUUUUCAAAGAAGUGUGUGACAUUUGCUAUUGAGGAACCAGUCUACAUAGCAGGACAACAGGCAUAUUUCAACUACUCCACAAGCAAACGGAUUACCAGACCAGCAAACACUGAAGAUCCAUCUGGUGGGAAUAAAGUCCUUCUACUUUCUAUCCAAAAUCCCCUUUAUCCAAUCACAGUGGAUGUUCUUUAUUCUGUCUGCAAUCCUGUAGGAAAAGUGGAACGCAUAGUUAUUUUUAAGAGGAAUGGAAUCCAAGCCAUGGUGGAAUUUGAGACAGUGCUUAGUGCCCAGAAGGCCAAAGCUGCACUGAAUGGAGCAGACAUUUAUGCUGGAUGCUGCACACUAAAAAUAGAAUAUGCCAGGCCCACACGUCUCAAUGUUAUUCGGAAUGACAAUGAUAGCUGGGAUUACAGCAAACCCUACUUGAACAGGCGAGAUCGGGGCAAGGGACGCCAGAGACAAGCCAUUCUAGGAGACCAUCCCUCAUCCUAUAGAUAUGAUGGUUAUGGAAAUCAUGGCCCAUUGUUGCCAUUACCAAACCGCUACAGGAUGGGAUCUAGAGACACUCCAGAGCUGGUUUCUUAUCCUUUACCUCAGACCUCGUCUUCAUACAUCCAUGGUGGGCCUACUGUUGGUUCAGUAGCCAUGGUUAGUGGACUCCACCAAGAAAAGAUGAACUGCUCUCGGGUGUUUAACUUGUUCUGCUUAUAUGGGAAUAUUGAAAAGGUAAAGUUCAUGAAGACUAUUCCAGGCACAGCCCUUGUAGAGAUGGGUGACGAGUAUGCUGUGGAAAGAGCAGUUACUCAUCUCAAUAAUGUGAAGGUUUUUGGAAAGAGACUUAAUGUUUGUGUGUCAAAACAACACUCUGUUGUUCCAAGUCAGAUUUUUGAACUAGAAGAUGGUACAAGUAGCUAUAAAGAUUUUGCAAUGAGCAAGAAUAAUCGGUUUACGAGCGCCGGCCAAGCUUCUAAAAACAUAAUUCAGCCGCCAUCUUGUGUUCUGCACUACUAUAAUGUUCCAUUGUGCAUGGAAGAAAGUAUCUUUCAAAAGCUCUGUGACGAUCACCAAGUUCCAAAAUUCAUCAAGUUCAAAGUUUUUGAUGCCAAACCAUCAUCAAAAACUUUAUCCGGUCUUCUUGAAUGGGAAACAAAGACAGAAGCAGUUGAAGCCCUCACAGUAUUAAAUCACUACCAAAUAAGAGUACCUAAUGGCUCUAAUCCUUACACCCUGAAAUUGUGUUUCUCCACCUCCUCUCACCUGUGAAACCUGGAUCCCAGAGGACUCUGAACACCCGCUCUGUUAUGUACUCUGCAUGACUAUCAAUGCUUCACAAUGAUUACAUGUUAUUGGGUGUUCUGAGCAGCACUAUAUAUUUCUGACACCAAUUUACAUUGAUUUGUUUUUAUAAUUCUUAGCAUUAUGUUUAGUGAAUGCCAACCAUGUUGUUUUACCCAUGCCUUAAAUAAUAUGCCUGACCUCACAAUGCCAGGUCUUUAUCUAAUAUGCUGACCUGUUUUAUUUAGUAUUUUUAAGUCAUAUUUUAAUGUUUGGAUGCACAGAUUCAGUCUGUUUUAAAUAAGUAAUAAUAUAUGCCAGUGGGUAUCUUGUAUAUUGGGCAUUUCACCUUUUCACUGGCAAAUAGGAAUGAACAGGUUAAAAUGUCACUAGUUAUACCAGGCCAAUACAUGUGUUAUGAACUAGCAAAUGCACAGAAUUAUGUUCCUGUGAGUAGUACUUAUGGCUCUAGGAGGUUUACAUAAGCAUCUCUGUAUGGAUGUGAUACAGAUAAAAUAAUAACAAUAAUACAUUAUGGAGAAAAACUGGUGAUUUUACUCUGCAAAAUGACACAGAAUUCUGUUACAAACCGCUUAAAAAAUGUCAUGGUGUGCCCCAAAUUUAUGAUGUAUUUUAGAUGCUCUUUAUUAGGGGUGUAAGAAAAAAAUCGAUUCAGUCAAGUAUAGAGAUAUUUCAUUAGACAAUACUGUAUCGAUUCUAAAUAUUUCGAAUUGUUCUUUUCAGGGAUGUGGAAUUCCUAUCUCCCGACGCCCGGGACAUGCAGUUCCGGGCGCCAGGCAGGUGAAUUUUUCCGGCCCUUAGCCCUGCUUCGGGCAAGCAGGGCCAGACCGGACAGGCACGGCAGCGCUCAGCAGUCUGUCUGGAGCGGGCUCCUGACUCGUGCCCGCUACGUACUCUGCAGCCCAAAGCUGUUCUCAGUAGCUGGGAGCCGCCACUAAUAGCCAGCAUGCGGCUAUAGAGGAAGCCGGAGGGCUUACCUCUGCUUCCCUGGUGUCCCAGCUCUGUCAUUGAUAGAGCCUGGCUGGACUAGGCUCUAUCAAUGGAUCGCAGAGCACACAGAUGAAUGGACUAAUAAAGUGUAAAAAAAAACAUUUUU